GGGAGCGGAGCGCCGAGCUUGUGGCCCUACUCGGAGCUCCCACCCGCUCCGCCCUGGACCCAACCAAGUGUCCCGCGGAGGGGCGCGGCCACUUGGGGGCAGGAGAAAGCGGAGUAAGCCACCCCUCUGGGGGCCGGGAAACCGAGGCGAGCCUCAGCUGGACGCGGUGGUGUGGACCACGGCGAUCAGGGCCUUUCCCGGUGCUGUGGAGACGGAGACGCGAGAAGAUGCUGGCGGCGGCCCACCUUCUGGAAGAAUGGCCCUCUCCGCCGCCCGCCUGUCUCCCUGGGGGCGCUCCCUCCUCAGCCGAGAUGAGGUGGCCGGGGGCGGCUGUUUGACCUGAGCAUCGUCUUACUAAUGCGGAACGCCGGAGGGGAGGCCACUCCUAGAGGAGGCGUUUCCCGGCGGAGGAGGCUAAGUGAAUCCACCUGCCCGCCCGCCACUCGGGACGCUGCGCCUCGUGGGUCUCACGCUGGACGGAGGGGGCGCCGCCGAGGAGGCCCAGCCUCCCCCUCUAACUCUGCCUCUCCAGUUCCUCAGAAAUGCUGAAGUGACUGUAUAUUUAAUACUACAUCUAGCACCACACCUGACAAGUCACCAGCUACAUAUUUGACAGAAGGACAAAUAAUUCCAGGUUUCUAAUUGCUUCAUUUGAGCCAUACACACAGUAUAAAAGAGAAAGUUGGACAAUCCAGAUCACAAAUGGGCAGCUGACUGGCAGUUCCUGGAAUCACCUUUGACUUCAAUCCCUAUCAUUGCCUGAGCCAGGCUGUAAAAUCUAGCAUGGGACAAGAGCCUCCUCUGUCAGCUGUGGCUCCUGGAGCAGUAGCCCCGCAGUAAGUGUCUCCAGGAGGAUUUCGAACAAUGCAGAACCACCCACAUCUGGAGGCUCCCAGUCUCAAUGGCAUGAAUUCCCCUUUUAGGAACCGGCAUUUCCGGUGCGAACAGCCUCAUCCACUCUCUCCCGCGGAACCUACUGAGCGCGGCUGCUGACCCAAGCCCUGCCGCCGAGCGACUGCGGCCGGCACGGCGACACCAUGGAGCGCCCGGAUAAAGCGGCGCUGAACGCACUGCAACCUCCUGAGUUCAGAAAUGAAAGUUCAUUAGCAUCUACGCUGAAGACGCUCCUGUUCUUCACAGCUUUAAUGAUCACUGUACCUGUUGGGUUAUAUUUCACAACUAAAUCUUAUAUAUUUGAAGGCGCCCUUGGGAUGUCCAACAGGGACAGCUAUUUUUAUGCUGCUAUUGUUGCAGUAGUCGCCGUCCAUGUGGUGCUGGCCCUCUUUGUGUAUGUGGCCUGGAAUGAAGGCUCACGACAGUGGCGUGAAGGCAAACAGGAUUAAAGUGAAUGUCACCUUUUGAUAGCAUUACAUUGAUUUUUUAAAAUGGUAAAUGCUGGAAUGGGGGACAUCUGAUUUGAAUAAAGUUAAAAGAACAUGUUAAA